AUGAAACAAAGAGAGGAGGCAUUAAUUCAAAGUCAAGCCGGUGAUAUUAACAAAUAUUUUAGAAGAAGUAGCAGAAUAGAAAGAGAGGAAUUAGUGGAUAAUUUGGUGAUUGAAGAACAAAGUCACAAUGAAAAUGAGGAAUUGGUUGAGGCUGCCAAUUUCAUCGAGUCGAAUGAAAACUUAGAAGAAGACUCUCAACAUGAAAAAUUAGAUUCAACUCUGAAUUUGCAGGAUCCUGAAAAUUGGAAUAACAUCAGUCAAAAAUUGAGAGAUUACUUAAUAGAAAUGGGUCCAAAAAGAGUGAAUGAUUUUUUGUUUCCUAAGGAUAGUAACAAUAGACAUUUUGAUUCAUCGCAUUAUACACGGGUAAUGACAAAUGGACAAACAAUAGAUAGAAGAUGGCUUGUAUAUUCUAUUUCAUUGGAUAAAAUAUUUUGCUUCUGUUGCAAGUUGUUCAAGACUGAACAAAUGAUGAGUAGAAUGGGGAAUCUGGGUAAUGAUGGAUACAAAGACUGGCGUAAUAUACAUAGAAGUCUUAAACAACAUGAAGCUAGUAGAGAUCAUAUGGAUUGCAUGAUUGCUUGGGUUGAAUCAGAAAAGAGGCUGAAAAAAAAUCAAACAAUUGAUUACAGUAUGCAACUUCAAAUCAACAAAGAAAGACAACAUUGGAGGCAAGUGUUAACAAGAAUAAUCUCCAUUGUGAAAACACUUGCUAAAAAUACUUUGGCCUUUCGAGGGGAUGAUGAGAAACUUUAUGUCGAGAAUAAUGGGCUAUUUUUGCAAAUGAUAGAAAUGGUUGCUGAGUUUGAUCCAGUGAUGGAAGAGCAUGUUCGGCGUUGUGAAGCAAGGGAAUCUCAAUAUACAUAUUUUAGUCCCAAAAUUCAGAAUGAAUUGAUAGAAACUUUGGCAAAUGAAGUGAAAAGAGUUGGGCUUGACAUUGAUGACAUAAGAGGACAGGGGUAUGACAACGGAUCUAACAUGAGUGGAAGACACAAAGGUGUACAAAAAAGAUUGCUUGAAAUAAAUCCUAGAGCUUUUUAUACACCGUGUGGUUGUCAUAGUCUUAAUUUGGCCUUAGUUGAUAUGGUGGAAUGUUGUCCUAAAGCCAAGUCUUUCUUUGGAGUGGUGCAACGCAUCUACACAUUGUUUUCUUCCUCUACAAAGAGAUGGAAAAUUUUUAAAGAUAAGGUGCCUGGUUUGACUGUUAAGCCAUUGUCACAUACCCGUUGGGAAAGUCAUGUUGAAAGUGUGAAAGCCAUAAAAGAGCAAAUUGUACAUAUAAGAGAUGCUUUACUUGAUUUGGCAGAAGUUGCUGAAGAUUCUAAAACAAAGAGUGAUGCUGAGACCUUAGCCCUAUAUGAUCUUGAGAGUUUUGAGUUCUUGCUUGGAAUAGUAAUCUGGUAUAACUUGUUACGAGCAAUAAAUACCGUGAGUAAGUUUAUUCAAUCUGAAGAUAUGGAUAUUGAUAUUGCAAUCAAUCUGUUACAAGGACUUGUUCAAUUUCUUGAUGAGUUUAGAGAUGAAGGGUUUGCUAGUUCCAUGAAUGAAGCUAAACAAAUGGCAAGUGAAAUGGGGAUUGAACCUACAUUUCGAGAAAAACGCAUCAUUCGAAGAAAGAAACAAUUUGAUGAAAGUGACAAUGAUAAUGUAACACGAUCAGGUGAAGAGUCUUUUAGAGUUGAAUAUUUUCUAUUUAUAAUUGAUCAAGCUCGAUCUUCUCUUCAAGUUCGAUUUGAACAAUUUAAACAAUAUGAAGAGAUUUUUGGGUUUUUAUUGAAUUUGGAGAAGUUAAAGAAUGAGCCUUUAACUAGCUUGAUGAAGUCUUGUAUGGAGCUUCAACAAUUUUUGAGUCACGAUGGACGUUCAGACAUUAAUGGUGAUGAGUUGUAUUCAGAGUUGACGGUCGUGAGUAACCGUUGCAUCGGCAGAAAGAAGUUUCUCGAAGUUGAAGUUAAUCAAGAAUUAUCUUCGAUCAACAAUGUCACAGGAUAG